CUCUUAUAAAUCGGCCCCCACAUCGAACAAUCGGAUCCCGGAGACAAUCUGAAGACGAGGCGUUUCCAGUCGCUGUCUGGGUCUGCUGUGCCGUCUUCUCUCGCCGUUCCCCUCGUCCGGAGUACGGGCGAAAAGCGCGAAACGCACAGUUUCUCCGCUAAAUGAAUCGUGGGAGCAGAGAAAACGCCUGAAGCGAAGAUCAAAAGAUAAAGAAGGCGAGGAAUAUGACGACAAACGGACGCUUUAAUAGUCGGGAGUCACGAAACGGAUGUUACCCCGUACCACAAACUGUGUGUUACCAUCGAGGAGACUUGUGGUCUCGGGAUGUCCCACAUAACUGCGCCUAACUCCGAUGAGGCGAAUGUACAGGGCGCCUGCUUUGGAACAAAGGGGGAAAACAAAGUUUGAUGCGAUUUGUUCGUUCGGUUUGUUACAACAGACACGGGCUCUCGGUAGAUAGAUCGGAGUCAUCACAUGCUUCCUGCUGGAGGAAAAAAAAAAACCAAUGCAAUGGUUAACGCAAGACCUUUAAAAUAGUUUUUGUUUUGCCGUUUCGUUGCAUUUCUGAAAGGAACAAGUUGCUUUUAGACGCUGUUUUGAAAAAAAAAAGCGUGAUGCUGGACUCUCCAAAGCACAGGUAUUCUUGAGCGACUUCGGUCUGAAGCCUAGGCACUGACUGAGGAUAAAUCACGAUAUAUUGUCUUUGAAGAGGAGGAGAAAAAAAGCAAAACAUGGCAGUUGAAGGCCGAAUAACAAUUCUUCACGUUGGACUGAUUGCCAUGGUGGUUCUUCUGGGUCCCGUGGCUGCUGCACAGAGUGAACAGAGGGAGUGCGCGUACACAGAAAAGCCGCAUGGAGAGGGACGUGUCUUUCUUGAGAACUCCACCAUUCGCUGCACUCAUGGAGCUCACUGCUUUGGACUCUGGGUGAAGAAGAAUAAUGAAAUUCUGCUAGAGAAGCAAGGUUGCUGGACAAAUGUGGGUGAGCAUCAGGAGUGCUAUGACCACUGCGUGGUGACCAGCCCACCGUCAAUGGCCAAGAAUGGAACGCUUCGAUUCUGCUGCUGCAAAAAAGACAUGUGCAACCUGAACUUUACUGAGGACUUCCCACCGCCUUCCCCCACCACCGUACAGCCUCUCCAUUCCCGCCAUCUUUACAAAGAGGAAGUCAUAGCUGUCGCGUUAGCAACUGUCUUCAUGGUUGCCGUCCUCGUCAUUCUGCUUUUUUUCGGCUACCGCAUGCUAAGAGGACGUGGUAAACACUCUCUGCAUAGCUUGGAUAUACUGGAGACUGCGCUUUCCCCUCCUUCUCUGGAUUUGGACAACCUAGUCCUGCUGGAGCUGAUUGGCCGCGGCCGGUAUGGAACAGUGUAUCGCGGUUCACUGGAAGACCAAUCUGUGGCAGUGAAAGUUUUCGUUUCUUCUAACCGGCAGCAGUUUACUAAUGAGCGUAUGAUUUAUCGCCUCCUCCUGGAUCAUAAGAACGUAGCUCGCUUCUUAGAGAGCGAGGAGCGAGUCGGUACAGAAGGCCGGACAGAGUUUCUCCUCUUGCUGGAGUUUUACCCGCAUGGCUCUCUGUGCACGUAUCUGAGCGGGCGGACUGUGGACUGGCUGAGCUGCUGUCGUUUGGCUCUGUCUGUCACCAGAGGGUUGGCGUACCUGCACACAGAGAUACAGAGAGGGGAUGUGUAUAAACCGGCCGUGUCCCAUCGGGAUCUGAACAGUAGGAAUGUGCUGGUGAAGACAGAUGGCUCAUGCGUGAUCAGUGAUUUUGGACUGUCCAUGAUUCUGACUGGAAAGAGACCGCCCGGGCAUGGAGAAGAGGACAACAGUGCCAUCAGCGAGGUAGGUACAGUGCGAUACAUGGCUCCAGAAGUGUUAGAAGGGGCAGUGAACCUGAGGGAUUGUGAGUCAGCGCUGAAACAAGUGGAUGUUUAUGCGCUGGGUUUGCUUUACUGGGAGACCUUCAUGCGGUGUGCGGACCUCUUCCCAGGUGAGACAGUUCCAGCAUUUCAGAUGGCUUUUCAGGCAGAGGUGGGUAAUCACCCUACCAUAGAAGACAUGCAGGCACUUGUGUCCCGAGAAAAAGAAAGACCCAAAUUCCCAGAGGCCUGGAAAGAAAAUAGCCUGACGGUGCACUCUCUUAAAGAGACAAUGGAGGACUGCUGGGAUCAGGACGCUGAAGCCCGGCUGACGGCACAGUGUGCAGAGGAGAGACUUGCUGAACUGCUCCUUAUCUGGGACAGGGAAAAAUCAGUCAGUCCUGCUCUCAACCCCAGCACUGCACUGUUUAAUCACAGGAACUUCUCUGCUGGUAGGCAGUUGCCUAAGGUGGGUUCUUUCCUUGAACACUCAUCUACAAACACUGAAGACCACGAGAGCGCUGAUAAACCCCUCCACAAUGACACAUCAAUGGACACACCCUCAGUGGGUGGGUCUAACCCUUCAGAGAAGAACAGGAACUGCAUCAACUACGAGUGGCAGCAGGCCCAAUCACGGCAGUCUGGGACAGAUAGCUCCUCCCCCACUCCUGUCUCAGAGUCCUGCAAUGCCACACAGCCUCCACCAGUGGGCAACAGUGUCCCUCCCUGUGCACAGCUGACCCAGGAAGACCUGGAGAUACCAAAACUGGACCCAAGUGAAGUCCAGAGGAACUUGAGAGAGAGCUCCGACGAGAGCCUGAUGGAGCAUUCGCAAAAGCAGUUCUGCUCUCCAGAAACAUCAACCUCGCAUGGCCCUCUCUACCCCCUCAUGAAGAUAGCUUCUGACGUUUCAGGGUCACAGGGUUCUGCUCGGGUUACUGACGCCCCAAUAACCAUCCUACCUAAGCAGCAGAACGUUCCUAAGAGGCCGAGCAGCCUAAGUCUCCAUGCUAAGCCUUCUGGGAAAACACCGGCCUUGUCGUCUUCAUCUCUACGGAUGAAGUUUGGGAAACUCGGAAAGUCGAAUUUGAAGAAAGUCGAGAUGGGUGUUGCUAAAGCCAGUGCGGUCAGAGCAGCACAUGAGGUUAGGCCGAUUACCGUCGCCAAUAAUGAUGCUGCGGCAGCAGUGAGUAAAUAUUCAGCCGGAGCAACACCUGAGUCAGCAGGAAAUGCAGCCAGCGCUGCUGAUGUCCUUUGGAAGGGCGCCGUGAGUUCAGAGGACUUGACCUUCGGCCUCUUGAACACUAGCCCUGACGAGCAAGAGCCUCUACUUAGAAGAGAGGCGCAUCCUGACAAUGCGAACAACAACAACAGCAAUAAUAAUAAUGGUGAGGGAGAGGGCGAUGGAGACACCGAGGGCGGAGGAGAGGGAGGAGAGAACAGUGAGAAUGUUGGUCCAACAGGAGAUGCUCCAUCAGCUUCUACCGUGGAGCCCGUUGCGCUGCCCGGCCCGUGUCCUGCCCCAACCGUGGCUCUACCACAGGCCCAAACCCAAGCUCAGACACAAGGAGAGGCCCUGCUCAGACAGAACCGUGUGCGCAGACCUGAGAGACCCAACUCUCUGGAUCUGUCCAUCACCACACUGCCAUUACUUGGAGGCAAGUCUGCCGGUGACAUGACGGAGGGAUCAGGAGAUAAAAUCAAGAAGCGAGUGAAGACGCCGUACGCUCUGAAGAAGUGGCGUCCUGCCAGCUGGGUUAUCACCACAGAUACACUGGACGCUGAAGUCAACAACAACAGUCGUCACGGAGGACCCGGUCAGAACCAGAAUCAGGCCGGUACCAGCAGACCGAAAUCAGCCUCUGCCGUUUAUCUAGGCGGUCUGGGAGGAUCUCGCUUCUCAGAUCCCAAUGACUGUGACUUUUGAACAUUAACCUCACUCUGCUCUCGAUAGAAAUGUAUAAUCAAACCCAAAAUCUCUAAAAAGUCUCACGUUCGUGGACUGGACCAUAUAAAUGUCUUAAACUUAAACCCAGUUGUAAGCACAGUAAGAGUCUUAUUUACAUCCAAAAGAGCUAUGCAGCCAUCUUUUAGUUUAAUGUUUAUGGGUUUUUUUAAGUAAGCCACUUUUUGGUUGCACUCUUUUGCUUGAAGUUAUAAAUCAUAAUUAUUUUGACCAUUUGAAACGGUCCCUAAUAUUAAACCGGUGUAAAUGUUUUAUUAAUCCUCACAUUCCUAAGAUGUCAGGGAAUUUUAACUCCUAGACCUGAAAAAAAAAAAAAUCUUAUACUAACGGAAAUUUACUAAUAGACAAUAUUAAUUAUCAGUUGUGCUCCAGAAUAUUUAUUUUUUUCUUUGUGAGUGUAACCUCUAUAAAAUAUAUAAAAAGUGCAGAAAGAAAAUCGUAAAAAAAAAAAAAAAGAGUCAGACUCGGAAUACGUGGAAUAAGUCCUGUUACAGGGUUACUCACCAACGCUAACUUUAAUCAUUUCGUUUGUAAGGUUACAAAGCUUUCGUUUUUUUUUCCCAUGCAGACCUGCUAAAUACGUUUACAUUCUCUAAUAUUCUCCCAUGCACGGUUUCCUGCAGCUAUGAGAUUCACGAGACGAUCUUACAGAGGUUUCCGUCGGCGUCUGAUAUCGCAAGCGCUGCUGUUGUGCGCAAAAUAACAGCGGGCUUCCCUUUUCUGAGGUCUGAAAGAAGCCGACAGACUACAAAAGAUAGCAAUUUAACACGUUUCACUGUGGUGGCACUAUGUAUCUCAGCAUCAGACGCUCGAGACAAUAUUUAGAAAUGGUGUGACUAAACAGAGACCGAGGCGACAUCUGAUGCGAUCAGACGCGGACGUCACACUUCUCGCUUUACUCAGAGACGCAAGACAAAGCUGCACUUGGUCAACUGACUGUUCUGGAUCUUGUUAGACUGUCUGACGAUGCUUUGGACCUACUUGUUAUUUGCUAUAUUUUCUAUGUGUGUGUGAGUGUGUCUUUGCGUCUUCGUCUCUAGUCGUGCGAAAGGUUUUUGUGCUGCAUGUUUGUAACCUAUUCCUUCGGGGAUGUGCGUCUUCUAAUCAUUUGAUGAGCGAGAAGUCGACAAAGGGCAAAGGUUGAAUCGGACGGAAACCUAAGAAAAGCUUUUUUCGAAGCACAGCGCGCAGGAGCAGUAGCUUCUGCUAUGCACAAAGACAUGAAGCAAGUAGCUCUGGUCUGAAAUCAAGCCUUCUUGCGUUACUGAACGGCUCUGGCAUGUCAGUGAUGAUUAAUCGGGGCGCUGUUAUUAUAUUCGUAUAAACGGAGUCCCAUAAUAUCCACACAAAACUGACUGUCGCAUGUCUUUAAAUGCAUCUUAAAGAGCACAAGAUACUUUCAGCUGCGGCCCUAGUGUGUUUGUGCAUGUGUGCGUGGACGAGUGUCUGUAUGAUGUUAUUCUCCUGUUAACACAAUCGUAACUGUAGUGUCGUGAUCAAUCAUUUUAUUACCCCUUGCUGAGACAUUUUGAAAAUUGUGAUUUGUAUAAGAAGGUGCAGACUGUAAAAGUGUAUUGUUAUUUGCAGAUUUAAAUUAAAUUAUGCUUUGCAUUUG